AUGGUCGAUAAGCAAUUAGCAUCAGAAUUGUGGUAUCAUGGGUUGCUGCCGCGCGAAGACAUUAAAAUGAUGCUACGUAACAAUGGCGACUUUUUAGUACGAACAACUGAGCCAGUAGCGGGACAACCACGAGCAUUCGUUUUAUCCGUUAUGUUCAGGCAGGAAUAUGAAGAUCAAGGAGUGAGCAAAAAAUGUAUUCAAAUGAAUGAAUGUAGAACUUCCAGAAACCAUUGCAAAAUCAACAUCAAAACAUCAUCAAAUUAA